GUCCUUUCCCAGCGCAGUGCGGUAGGCCGGCGGACGCCUUAUCAACCGGGGAGACUAGCUCAACUUGUCUCGACGUUCACCCGCAAAGAGACCACUUUUUCCCAAGUUUUCAUCCCUUCCGGAAUUACAAUCAGCCUCCAAGAUGCCGAUCGACGUGAUGAGUUUCGCUAAGGAUUUCUUAGCUGGUGGAAUAGCUGCAGCUAUCUCCAAAACGGCUGUGGCUCCCAUAGAGAGAGUGAAACUGCUUUUACAAGUACAACACGUAUCCACACAGAUCUCCGCAGACAAACAAUAUAAAGGCAUUGUUGAUUGCUUCAUUCGUAUCCCAAAAGAGCAAGGUAUUCUCAGUUUUUGGCGUGGUAACUUAGCCAAUGUUAUCCGAUAUUUCCCUACCCAAGCCCUCAACUUUGCCUUUAAAGACAAGUACAAGCAGAUUUUCCUUGGUGGCGUCGACAAAAGAACGCAGUUCUGGAGAUAUUUCUUAGGCAACUUGGCAUCUGGUGGAGCAGCUGGUGCCACCUCCCUUUGCUUUGUAUAUCCCCUGGACUUUGCUAGGACCCGUCUGGCUGCCGACGUCGGAAAAGGACCACAGAAUCGUCAAUUUUCUGGACUCGUCAACUGCUUGGGAAAGAUCUUUAAAUCUGAUGGUCUCUUAGGCCUGUACAGAGGAUUCAGCGUCUCUGUUCAAGGUAUUAUCAUUUACAGGGCAGCUUAUUUCGGUUUCUACGAUACGACCAAAGGCUUGCUUCCUGAUGCUAAGAAAACACCUAUCUUUGUUUCCUGGAUGAUUGCCCAAACAGUCACUGUUAUCUCUGGUAUUAUUUCCUAUCCCUUCGAUACAGUGCGAAGGCGUAUGAUGAUGCAGAGUGGACGAGCUAAGAGCGAUAUGCUGUACAAGAACACCUUGGAUUGCUGGGUAAAGAUCGGCAAGUCCGAAGGUCCAAAGGCCUUCUUCAAGGGAGCCCUAUCUAACAUCAUUCGAGGAACAGGGGGCGCUUUCGUAUUAGUCUUGUACGAUGAAAUUAGGAAUUUCCUUGUUUAAAUUAAAUUAAUUUAUUACUAGGCACUUUGAAAAAAAUCGGAAAUAAAGAAAUCAAUUUAAUUGUAUAAAAAUGUAGGUUUUCAACACUGGGAACACUUUAAAAACCCUGUUUUUGUUUAAGUGGGUCGGAUCAUUAUUUUUGAAAGCAAGGUGGGAAAACUUAGGAAAGCUUAUUAGAAUAGAAGUUUCAUUUCCAAACUCUUUUUAUUAAUUGAAAGCGGUUAAAAUAAUUAAAUAUGAAAUGAAAUUUCAUUGACUUCAAGAAACAUAGCACUUUUUCUUUGAGAUGAAGUUAUUUAAAGAAAUAUUACCAGUUCAUCUCAAAUCCAUUUUUUUCAUUGACUGGUCACAAACUGUGAAAUAGGGAAGCAAAUCUUUUAAGGCCCGGAAAAAACUGUAAUUUUGAUGAAAAUUAUGGAAACAAAGGAGUAUUCAGUUUCAGUUAGUCAACAAGGCCCCUCCCGAACCACAUUUUUGUCAGGAAUGGGAGUCAAUAUGUUCUAGAUGUAUAUUGUUUCAUAGAUCAGGAAAUUUGCACUUUGAUUUCUGCUUCGAAUCAUGUAACCGGUAUUUGUGAGUUACGUGUUUCUCAGGAACAUUGUGCGAAUAAAAUAUCUUGUGAUA